CUCAUUGUCAAACUCACAGCUGAAGGGUUUCUGUAUCUUAUGUUUUCUCCUACACAUUAUGUUGUUUUUAAGUUAUUUAAGUGCCCAAAGGUCUGUAUUAUCAUUAUUAUUAUUAUUAUUAUUAUUAUUGGUUUCUUGAAUCAUUGAAAUCAUUGAAAUUGCUCAACUCUAAAGCAGCAGCAGACAGUUUUAAUGAACUGCUGAGAGUUGAGGAGAGAGCCUGUGCAUGUCGAGGGUUUUUUUUUUUUUUUGGUUUUUGUCUUUCCCUGCGUCUAUUUGAACACAGACGGUGGUCAGAAGGCAGAUGAGAGCCGUUCAAAGCUGACUCAUAUCAAAGGCCCUCUGGCUCUUUGUGAUGCUGUGUUUGCAACAGGUGACAUUUUGGGCUGGAAACUGUUUAUGACUUUGAACGCCCGCCCUCAGCCAAACCUCUCUUGCGGGAACAGGGAAAAGGAGAGCAGGGAUUAUAGAGCAGGUGGGAGGGAGCUGGAGAGGGAAACUCAUUUUUCUCUCUGCAGAUCGCAGCGACGCGGCAGCAUGAAGGUGCUCCUUCUAAAAACAAAGGCAAAUGUUUCAGAGGAUAAACGACGAUUUUGGUGCGAAAAGAUUUCUUUCCUGCUGAAUUGACAGCCAAAAGAACCAUAAGGUAAGUGGUGUGCUUUUUGUUAAUUUAAUAAGCAUCAACCAAUGUCUUUCUCCAUCUUUGUUCUCAACUUAUAUUUUAAUUCAGGAAGUUUUAGCAGGUGACGAAAAAUAUACAAAAAGACAACAAAAAUACAAUAUAUAUAAUAUCCUUCCCAAAUACCUUUUUUUGUCUCCUUUGACUGUAAAAACAUCUUUGUGAAGACAUUUAGAUCUAGAAAUUUACAGACUAUAGCUAAAAGUCAUGUUUAUUGCUGGCCACCAACAAAUAUGAAUGAUUUCCACCGUUUUAGAUCAGGAGAUUGGUCCAAUGUGGAGCCAGAAGCUUGUUGAUAAAUUGCAAAUUCAAUUUUUUUUCCCCAAACAUCUGUUUCUGUUGGUGGUGUUGCAUGCAUUUGUUUGACUAGGCAAAAAAUGUACCAUAAACUGAAACCUCUGUACGUAAUUUGAGUUGCAUCCUGCAUUUUCAGACCAAUUCCAAUGGGAUCAUUGAAAGCACCAACACGAUUACGACAUUCACGUUGAUGAAGAGUGUACGUAAACGUCUCACCGGGUCAGCAACUAAAAUACAGCCAGACUUUGUUUUGCCGCUCAGGAAAUGGAUCCUCUGACAGACUCCAGGCCCCUCAUCAGCGCAGCCUCCUGCGGGAAGCUUCGUCUGCUCCGCCUCCUCGUGGAAGGUGGAGCUCAGGUGAACGGGAGCAACCAGAGAGGAGAGACGCCCCUCCUGGCUGCUUGCAAGGCCCUGAGAGAAGAGCCAGUCGGGAAGGAGAGUGUGAAACUCCUGAAUUUCCUGCUGCAGAAUAAGGCAGAUCCCAACGCACAGGACCAGGAGGGUCGCACUGCUCUGAUGUACGCCUGUAUGCAGAGAGCGGGCGCUCUGGUGGCGUCCGCCCUGGUGGCUGCAGGAGCUGACCCGUGCAUAGAGGACGGCUCUGGAGCCUCAGCUUUGGUCCACGCCAUCAACGCACAGCACCAACCCACAGUGCAGGUGCUAAUAGAUGCUUGCCGGGCCAAAGGUCGUGACAUCAUCAUCAUUGCUACGGAGACAGGCGCGAACAGAGGUCCAGUGACCAGGAGGUACCUGAACGUCCCCCCGUCUCCGGACUCCUCCCCCGUGUCCUGCAUGUCCCCGUCCGACAUCAUCCUGAAGACGGGCUCGCCAAGCUCACCUGAGGGGGGAAACAUCUUCAACUUCAGAGGAACAAGCAAACAUGGAAGCGGCAGCAGACGCUCGUCGUUUGAGCUGAGCCAUUCGAGUCCGUGCAGCGGUCCGGCUUCCAGACAGAGGGUGUCAUCUGAACCCUGGUUGGCCAUUAACAACCUGGACUCCCUGAAGAGGGCUUACGAGCGGGGAAUGAGGGAGAGGAACCUCAAGGAGGAAGGAGGCGGAGAUGCGGACGUAGAUGAGGAGAUGCAUUUCCAGAGGAAGGACAACGUGGCGCACAGACUGGAUGCUGGGUUUACCGGGGACGUUCAUAAAUGCUGGAGUGAGGACUCGCUUUCAACCAAGUCAGACGGCGGUGUCCCCAAGAGGAUUCCGUCACCAGGAGGGUCAGACGUGAAGCUUUCAGCCUGCUUGUCCCCUCGUUUUUAUCUCCGCAGGAACACCCUCCCCUCUGUCACGGCGGUCAACCCUCCACUUCACCUCCCGCCCUUAACGACGCAACCAGACUCUCACCUGCAGGUACCAGCUAAGGUUUUACCUUCAGGAAGCAGACAGGUGUUGUUUCAGCCACGCCCGCCCUGCUCCUCUCCCCCGUCCUCAGCAUCUGCCAGAGCAGCCCUGCUCCCUCUGCUCCCCCAGGCAUCCUCCCUGUUCGCCCCUGCUGGCUUCAGUCACAGGGAGAGGAGCAGGAGGUCACUACGUCGUCACUCGGCGCAGUUAGAGCAAAAUAAUUUGGACUUCUGAAACUGUGAAGCUAUUAAUAGGUUUGCGGUCUGGUUUUAUUUUAUUUUAUUUUUAAAUAAGUGUCGAGUCCAGCCACAUCUGCAGCUUUCUGCCUUAUUUCGUAUCAACUAGUCGGUUCUUGAUCUGCAUAAAUGACACAGUCAGUUUUUUAGGUGUAAAACUAACCGCUAAAGCAAAACCAGCCAACAUCUUUUCACUCAGUUUGUGUGUUUGAAUGUCUUUUUGGAGCCUAAUGGAAAAUAAAUAUUUGAGAAGAAAAAUGUUUGGGGUUCAAAUCUAGAAGGAACACAGGAGCUCGUGUUCAUGGCAAAAGGAGUGAAGUCAUUUUAUUUCUUUUUAAUAUGUAUCUACAACAAGGGGGACACAGGCAAAAACGACCGACAAGUUGAUGGAAAUUAAAGCAAAACAAUCAAAUAAAGAACAUUAAUCAGCAUCGAUGUAGAUUUCCAACCUUUUUUUUGUCUAAAGUAACUUUACAAUAUAAAGAAACAUACAAGGAACCUCUUUUUUUAACUACACAAGACAUUUAGGAUCUGAAACUACCCUAACAUGAUAUACAAAGCAACUUCCUGCCUCAUAUUCAAUACUGCUUUGUCAUCAGGAGGAAAUAAUGAGGAACCGAACAGAAAAAAAAAAAACUUUACUCCCAAUUCUGCCCAAAAGUCCUCUCUUAACCUUCCCCAUUCCU